CUCUCUCUCUCUCUCUCUUUCUCUCUCAAGUGUCAUUUUCUCACAUAUACUUCACACAAAAGAAACAACCAUUCACUUCAUACCUUGUCAUUUCUUCUCUCCUCUUUGUUUCUCUCUCUCAUCUCAAUCUGAAAUCUCUCUGCAACUACUCCCACAAAUUGAUCAAAAUCCAUCUGCACAAAAUACCCAGAAAUUAAUCUCCAACACCUGAAAAUCCAUAACCUUCAUCCCCUCUUCAGAUCACCAGGGAAGCUCACAUACAAAUAAAACACACUUGGGAAGCUCCUCCAUCACAAGCACAAGCACAAGGGAAGAAGAAAAGUUCUUACAAUAUAAACAAGGUAGAGGGGAAUAUAUAUAUAUAUAUAAGGAAAGAGCAAGCAGAGAGGAAGAUCAUGGAGCUGUUCCCUGCACAGCCAGACUUAUCUCUUCAAAUUAGCCCUCCAAACAGCAAACCCACAUCAUCAAGUAGUUGGAGGAGAAGUAGUAGAGAAGAGCAAGAGGAGGUGGAUUUGGGGUUCUGGAGGAGAGCCUUGGACUCCAGAACCUCCUUCUCCUCCUCAAUAGCAAAACCCGAUACCGGUUUCGAGCUCGAGCUCUCAAAUCCAAGGGUUUAUGCUCAUGGUCUCCAUCAUCACCACCACCAGCAUCAUCAGUCCAAUAUUAGCUCUAACCAUAUAAUCCACCACCUCAACCAAAAUGGUAAUGUUUUCCAGGGUUUUGAGCAAAACCAGUUCUCAGUCCCCCAAGUAAAUCAUCACCCACUAUUAAAUGUUCAUGACCAACAAUUACAAUUGCAAUCACAAUCACAAUCAGAUCAUCUUGGGUUCUUGAGGCCCAUUAGGGGAAUUCCAGUGUACCAAAACCCUCCCCCUAAUUUGUUCCCAUUUUCUUCCCAAAAGCCUUUAGACAGUAAUUCCUGUACUUCCACCUCCACAAUUACAAGCUCUUCAAGCCCACUAUUUCAGGCUCAAGGGGGUCUUCUCCGAUCCAGGUUCUUGUCCCGCUUUCCGGCGAAGCGCAGCAUGAGAGCCCCUCGGAUGCGCUGGACUACCACUCUUCACGCUCGCUUUGUUCACGCCGUUGAGCUUUUGGGUGGCCAUGAAAGGGCUACACCAAAGUCAGUUCUUGAGCUUAUGGAUGUCAAAGAUCUCACCUUGGCACAUGUCAAAUCUCAUUUACAGAUGUAUCGGACGGUGAAAACCACCGAUAAAGCAGCGCCCUCUUCAGGACAAUCUGAUGUGUACGAAAAUGCUUCAUCUGGGGACACCACUGAAGACAUAAUGCUUGACCUUCAGAACCCAAGAAGGUCUUGUGAUCAGCUCUCACCAGCUCAGCAGCAGGGAUCAAGAUCCAUUCCUCAGGUUCAAGAUAAUAAAGAAUACUAUGGCCUCUGGAGCAACUCUUCAAGAGAAGCUUGGUUGCAUGCAAACACAAAGGAUUCUUCUGCACCUGCAAAUAUACCAUCUCUUGAUGAUCAGGAGAAGGAAGACAUGAUGGAUCCAAAAGGCUUGAGUUAUGAGAGAAUAUCAGAUGUAAGCUCCUCAACAACAAACAUUUCUGCAGGGACAAGAAGCCCCAGGAAGCCCAAUUUGGAGUUCACUUUGGGCAGGCCACUUUGAAAUUGAAUAGGGGAAAUAAAUUAAUUGACCCUAUUCAGUUUUUAAUCAUUUUUAAUUCAUUAUAUUAUGUCUCUGAAUGAAUGGGGGCUGCCAUGGAGAUGAGAAUCAGGUACCCGCUGAGGAAAUCAGAGGAAAAAGAAAGGAAAAAGAAACAAAAGAAAAAGAAAAGUAAAAGGAGAGCUAAAGAAAGACAAGGAGACAAGAAAGACAGAAAGCAACAAAAGGAGAAGGGGUGGAAAAAAAGCAUGUCCUUCCUAUCAAUCUGUGAGAUCCCAAUCAAACAUAUUAUAUUCCCACGUAAAUAUAUCAAGGACAUCUAGCUAAUUGAUUUUGUAUGUUUUUGCACUGAUGAGAGAGAGAGAGAGGAGAGAGAGAGAGAGAGAGAGAGUGACCUUUAACUAUCUUAAAGUAUGAAGUGAUCCUUGGUAAUUGUAAUGGAGCACUUUACAUUUAUAUAUGAAAUAUAUUUUCUUUCA